ACGAAAAGGCGUAUAAGUUGCGCGUGCGUAAACCACCAAUAAUUACCAUCAUGUGGAGUAUACUUCCUGAUCCUCUGCUGGUCAACGUGUUCUCAUUUCUCAGUGCCCGUGAUCUCACUGUAAGCGGAAUGGUGUGUUCUCGCUGGCGAGGCGUAUCUCUAUCCCGCAGCCUCUGGCGACGUCGUUUGCAGGUUGACUACAAAAUUCAAUCAUUUCCAGAAGAAAUGAGACCUUGUUACAAAGAAUACAGACGACUUGUAAAUCUCGGCAAUGUUCGUCACUCAAAAGUUAUCGAAGAACAAGCUGAUGAGGUAUGGCAUUUGAGUUUCUCCCAUGAUGGAGCUCUACUAGCAGCCGCUGGGAAAGAAGGCCGUCUGACUGUUUGGAACGUCAGUGAUGUAGAGAGAUUGGAAAUGCUAUGGCAACUCGAUGCACGUAAGCCUCCAAUUGACGGUUUUCAACUGAUGUAUGUUGAAUUUAGCCCUGGAGACCAUUACUUAUUGAGUGUGUCACGAGACUGUUCCUACACUCAGUUAGCCAUUAUUUGUAAUGCAAAAACAGGCAAUAUUUGCCAUGUUGUUCGAAAUGUACGUGGGUGUCCAACUUGGUUUAAUAGCAGCUGGAUGGUGACUAGCUACCUUCAAAAUGUCCUUGAUGUUGUUCCGAGACGGUUGCUUAUCAUCACUAUCUUGGAUGUUGGAAACCUACAAAAAAUGUGCACCGAUUUCCGUGUGGACACCUCCCAACUUAGAGUAGAUGUAGUUAGAGCAUCGCUUGAGUUUCACAUCAUUCAUCCAUUGCGGCAUUGUAGAGUUAUCCACCCCAGACAGCACCAAAGAAUGCUCUUCUGUCAACUAUUUAUGAGUACAGUUGAUCAUUUUGCAUCAGUCAAAAUAGCAAGUGAUGCCAGUGGUAUACCAUUACAUGUACCACACAGGCAAGACAAUGUGACGGAAAGUCUUCAAAGUCAAUUUGAUUGUAUAGUUCCAUUGGAUCGUCACUCACAUGCAGAAGGAGUUGUUGUUUCCCACGAUGAAAGCAAAAUUAUUGCCACAAUUAUGAGACAGAAUGGAAAAAUCAGAGAUGUAAGAUUGUCCAUAUACGAUGUUGUCACACUACAGCUGCUGCACACUCUGCCAACAGAGAAUAUGGCCCAUCCUAGUCGUGCCUACUACCUGCAUCCUGGUAUAACAGAAAAACUUGUUGCUUGUGGAUCUGAUUCAGGUGUUAUUCACAUAUGGGAGCAGACACACCGCAUCGAGAUAGGGCAACUGCGUGGUCAUAAAGGAACAUGUAAUGCUGUGACGUUCUGUCCAGAUCGACCACACGUGAUGGCAAGCGCUGGUGAUGAUCAUACUGUUCGAAUCUGGUGCUUUCAACAUACUGGAAUCCAACUGACAAUGAAAGAUAGCAAUUAACCGUGUCAACAGUAAACUUUGAUAUGUGGGAUAAAUUUUAAUACAAGCCAGCCAAUUUGUAGAUUUUAUGACUAUUGCUGAUAUUGUUGUCGCUGUUCUUAGAUAUUUUAUAUUAUCAUUAUCAUUAUUUGUUAUUGUUGACAUUAUGAUUAUUAUCACCACUAAUAUCUUCUAGUGAUA